AUCACGUUAGUCUUACACACUAAAGGUCCCCAGUUCGAUCCUGGGCAGCAACAUUUUUAAAAAUUGCUUUUGAAAAGCUGUGAGUUGAAACCCAUGAGACCAACAUUUUGAAAAUCAGAAUUGGUUGAUUUCCCGCUCCUUUUGUUCUGUGCUCCGCUUUCUUCCACCACCUCCAUCUCUCUCAUUGAAUCUCCAGUUCCUAGUCGCAACUCGCUAAAGGUCCCCAGUUCGAUCCUGGGCAGCAACAUUUUUCAAAAUUGCUUUUGAAAAGCUGUGAGUUGAAACCCAUGAGACCAACAUCUCCUAGCUGUUAAGCCCUUAUCAUAGAAUGAGCUAUUAUUGAAAAUCAAAAUUGGUUGAUUUCCCGGCUCCUUUUGUUCUGUGCUCUGCUUUCUUCCACCACCUCCUUCUCUCUCAGUGAAUCUCCAGUUCCUAGUCGCAACUCGCUAAAAAGCAUAUGACCGUCAUGUUGACGGACUCCAACAACGCCUCCUAUGCUCACGAUCCUCUCUUUCCUUGGCUACUGUCCAUCAAGAAGGCACUUGAUAAUAAAGCCUUUGGUGGUGAUCUAAAUAAUCUUCUAUUAGACUGUAUAAGGACUUUCAAGCACAAUACCCAGUACCGAAACGAUCCCAGAUUUCUCAAAAUUUGGCUCCUCUACUUGGAAGGCAGUGAUGACACCGAAUUUGUCUUCAAAGAAAUGGAAGAGAACAAGAUAUGUAGCGACCAUUCUUUGCUUUAUGAACUGUAUGCGGGACUUCUUGAAGCGAAAGAGAAUUGGCAGCAAGCGCAAAUGAUUUAUCAGAAAGGCAUUUUAAGGAAAGCCAAACCUCUUGAAAGGUUGAAGGGAGCACAUGCUUUAUUCCUCGAUAGGAUGUCUCACAGGGUAAAUGGUUGUUCACUUCAAAAGAUUGAUGGUGAUGAAUCAAUUGGGUUGGUAAAAAAUCGGGUUCAUCCAUGGUCCGGUUCAACCAUGGAAGAGCUAUUAAAGAAGAUAAACCCCCAAAUCAUGAGAUAUGAUGGAUACCAUCAACGUAACAAAGCUUACUCUGGGAAAGUGGACUUGUCAUCUCUAGGAAAUGCAUCCAGAAACAAGAUCGUUAAGAUAGGCGGAAAGGAGUACCAGAUCAAAGGUUGUGCUGGUGAGGGGGGUUUUGCUAAAGUAUUUAGAGCAUCUGUUAACAGUAAUCCUGAUGAUAUUGUUGCACUAAAGAUACAAAAGCCUGCUUUUCCUUGGGAAUUUUACAUGUAUCGUCAACUUGAUCAGCGGAUCUCAACUAAGCAAAGGUCAAGCUUUGGUGUUGUUCAUGGAAUGGAUGUCUAUUCUGACUAUAGCAUACUUGUGUGCGACUACCUAUGCCAUGGGACACUUCACGAUGUCAUAAAUUCUUAUGUUAUUGUUGGUAAGUCCAUGGAAGAGGUUUUAUGCAUAUAUUACACCACAGAAAUGCUAUACAUGCUGGAAACUUUACAUGAUGUUGGGAUUAUUCAUGGUGAUUUCAAGCCUGAUAAUUUGCUUGUUCGCUAUUCCAGGGAUGACCUUUCUGAAGAUGGAUUUGAGGACCGAACUGGCUCUUGGGGCAAUCAGGGCUUGUGCCUUGUCGAUUGGGGUAAGGGAAUAGACCUGCAUCUCUUUCCUGAUGACAUAGAAUUCGUGGGAGAUUGCCGGACUUCUGGCUUUCGCUGCAUCCAAAUGCAAGAAAAUAAGCCGUGGAGAUUUCAGGUGGACACAUAUGGCCUCUGUGCCAUUGUUCAUUUGAUGUUGCAUAAUUCUUAUAUGGAGAUUGAGAAGAAAGCAACAUCUGAUGGUGGCUACAUUUAUCUGCCAAAAAAACCUUUUAAACGAUAUUGGAACGUUGAUCUAUGGAGGGAACUGUUUUCACAGCUGCUUAACAACAGCCCUCAUAAUGACAAGAAGUUACUCCAGAACUUGAGGGAACGAUUCCAGGAUUAUUUUUGCUCUAAUCGUCAAAUGUUUAAGAAACUAAAAGAUUUAUUAGCAAAGCAACGGCUUUCCAUGUGUUCUUCAUAGCAUGAAUUCAACCAUUCCUCCAUCUUGUAGUUGUCAAAUGUAUAUGCAGCUCAGUGGAACACAUCAAGCAAUCCAGUGCGGCAAAUGAGCUUGUUCUUGGAGAGCUUGCAAGCUGUAAGCAGGAAACAAGCUUAUCUUCAAAACAGAUGGUGUUUGAUCCUCUAUGUCAGCGAAGAUAUAUGAUGGAUGCACGCAUGUAAGUUUGUUGUAUGAUUUGCAAGAUAUGGUCUUCUUCAGUGGAAAGCAUUUAUUGUAUAAUGAAGUGCAAAAAGAAAUGCUUCCUAUUUGGUGUUUCUCUUGGUUCAGAAUGUUUGCUAAAUUAUACUCAUAUCCAUCAAAUAACGCUAGUAAUUUGAGUAACAAUGUUGUUGGAUUUAA